ACAUUUGUAGACUAAGACGAACCCGGAUAUAUAUGCCACACAGAAUCGAGAGCUAGCGAGAUGCGCGUAACGUCGCACAUCACAGCUGACUCAUACCGUACCGGUGCUACAUGUUGAGUAAUCAUUGGAUUUGUGUUGACCGUUGUUUUUGUCUGUCAUUUUUUACAUCAAAAGUCGAAACCAUGAAACUGUAUAAUCGAGAAUGCAGAAAAAGGGACAGAAAGUAUCUUGGAUGGGCAAACCUUUCUGUAUACUCACUGGCAUGUUUAUUUUUAAUCAGCGGACCGAGUCUGACAAAUUGUUCGGAACUAACAAGUGGGGAGCAAUUGUACGAUCUGAAACUCCUUAAAGAAUAUGAAGAUUAUGGAAAUAUCGCCCUCUUUAGGUUUCGAUUACCCAUGCUUGUGACAUAUGCUAAGUGGUAUGUCAAUAAAAUAAUUAGCCACUCGGAAUGUGAUGAUUUAGAUGUCAAUGUCGUAAUAGAGGCCGGUAGUCUUCCUAUCAUUAACCCGUACAACACCAGCUUCCCUGAGAACACAGCCAUACCUCCCAGUGGUGAAUCUCGCACUUUUAAAAUUCCAAAGGGAAGUACCUCUCUCAUCCUGGAAUCUCCUAGGGUUCGUCCGGGAGACUGGUUCAUAGCAGUCUACAGAAAGAAAGAAGAUGACAGGAUAAAACAACAGGGCUUGUCCUACACAUGUCAUUACCUAGCCAAUGCUAUGAUGAUCUAUGAGAGGCUGACCCACGUAGAAACAUUGGGAAGCACUGGCAGUACGGCAGUCACACUAGAUGAAGGCUCAAAGAAUGUCUUAUACAAGUUCUUUGUAGAAUCCAACAUGGCAGCCGUAUCCUUCAACAUCAACUCGUGUUCGGCGUGGUCGUCCAACAAGACCCUCAAAGAGCACUGUCCGGUUGAGAUGUUUGUCAAGUCGGACAGGCUGCCGGACCAUGAGUCUCCAUCCAUCCUGUGCUUGCAUGACCCUGGUGUGUUCACCGGAUGUUCUCUGGAUGUCUCUCCCGCCCUGAGGGAUACGUGGUACUACCUCAAUGUCACCAAGUUUUCGGACGACAAGCACCUUAAAGUGAUUAUCGACAUCACAGUCAAUGCCACAAUUUGCCAAGACCAGUUAUCAGGGUCAAGAGCAGUUGAGCCACCGCCUCCCGCUUCUUCAGAGGCAAGUGCAGAUUUCUCUUCAUCCCUUCUCGAGAAUCCUGUCAACUUCACGUCAAUCCUUGAAACCACUACCAUCGUUGACCUUGACAAUGUUCUUCAAACCAAUGCCCUUCAAAGCACCCUUCAGACUGAAAUCCUUGGCAACGCCACAACCGCUUCACCCACCCCUACUCCGAUACCGACAUCCACUGUGCCUUUGACCACUCCUGUACCGGGUGACACCACCCUUUGUCCUGCGGUAGAUCCUCUGUCUGUAAAUUACUACAAUGGAAGUGUAACUAAGGAGUUCUUCAGUACCCAGACCAAUCUUACCGACAUGCUCUACUAUCCAAGUCUUGGGAGUCCCUUUGUUGCUUCCUUCAAACUUGACGUUGAUGAUAUCGGUGGAUCCGUCUUGUUGUACUCCCGUAUCAUCGAUAUGCCUUCUAUUGCCCAAAAUGUCACAUCCACAAUAUGCUUGAAGAGAGAUGCACCCCCAUUCUGGAAUGGAACAUCCCUUGGCUGUGAUGAGCACAUGACGAUGUCAGACGACCUCGAUGCUAAUUCUGUUGCGUCGUUCUACUAUCCGUUCCCAUCGGCUGGUACGUGGUAUGCUGCUCAGUAUGCGACAUGUUCACAGAUGGAAAGUUUAUCAGAAGUGCCAGUUCCUUGCCAUGCCAACUUGAGCAUUGAAAUGAGGGUCUUGAUGACGGCUUGCGUUGCUAACUGUGGUCACCAUGGACGCUGUAAACUUCAUCUCCAAGAUGGGAUGGAGUUCUAUGCCUGUGAUUGUUCUGAUGGUUAUACAGGAUGGGCUUGUACAGAAGAUAUUGGAUCCUCCUCAAACUUCUUGAUCCAGGUUCUGUUUGUAACCCUUAGCAACAUUGUGUUCCUCUUUGAUGCCAUCCUCUGUCUCUACAGGCAUCACUUCCCUGUAGCUGUUUCAUUCCUUGCUACAUGCUUCUUUUCAACAAUGUACCAUGCCUGUGAUUCGAGUCCAGUUUGCAUCACAGAUUACGACACCUUGCAGUUCUGUGAUUUCUUCACUUCCUUCAUGUCUAUACUUCUCAUUCUGAUCGCUAUGGCAAGGCCACCACAAUCACUCAAAGCUACUCUACAUAUUCUAGGAGUAUAUGUUUUAGCAUUCUUUGCUCAGUGGGAUAGGUUUAGUCUAUGGUCGAUAGCAAUACCAUUAGGAGCCGGUGUCAUCAUACUUGCUAUAUCAUGGGGUGUAAGAAUGUACAAGCGCCGGAAGCUGUACCCCAGCUGGAGACGGUGGCUCUUCUUCAUCGUCCCCGGAACCCUGCUAGCCAUCCUCGGGCUUACUAUCAACGCAACCCUGGAGACGGAGAGCAACUACUACAUCGUUCAUAGCACGUGGCAUAUAUGCAUGGGACUGGGGUCACUGCUGCUGCUACCGCCGAGAGAAAAACCAUCCUCUAAACCCAGAGACUCAGAAAGUGAGAGACUGAUAAUGGUUUUAGACAAUAACACAACCACUCCUGACGAUGAUGACCUUGGUGUCAACAUGUACUGAAUGGUGUAUGCAAAGUUAAGCAUGGAUCCUUGCACAAAGCUAUGGUAUACAUAUUGUAUAAAUACUAUUUUGGUUGUUCGUUUGAUUUCUUAGCUAGACUCACGUUGCAUUGGCUUUGCCUAUUGUACUCAAAUAAUAAUAAUUAUACCUGCUUACAUGUAAACAGUGCUUAACACUUACAUUAUCAUAAGUCUGUAAGUGCUCUACAGCAAUUACCCCUGGCUUUAGCAGAGAAGCUGUUACGCACGCUGCGCUUCAAGGAACGAAUUGCAACCAGGUACCCAUUUACAUGUACCUCACCUGGGUUGUGUGCAGCACAUUGUGGGUAAUAAUAAUAAUAAACAGGUCCUGUAUAGCGCAUAUCACAAUUAUGAAUAAUGUCUCUAUGCGCUUCCAAAGGACUAGGAUAUCAUUACCCCAGCUGUUGCUUGGCAGCAAUUACUAAGAUUACAGUGCACACGUAUUUCAAGGAAUAAAUUCCUGACAGGUACCCAUUCACCUCACCUGGGUUGAGUGCAGCACAAUGUGG